AUGGAAGCUGAGAAAGCUAAACCGUCGACCGAGUGUUUUUGUUACAUCUGUGGCGGCGCUUCGACCUGGCAAAGAAUUGUGAAAGCAUCAAUCUUUCAGUCAGAGGGCGAUCAGUUAGAAAAUGUGGUCGAUUCACUUUUUGAGGAUCGUUGUGAUUGCCCUCGUGGAAGAUUCCGGGUCUCGGACCUUUCUCAGGAUGACGAGUGUCAUGAUGAUACAUGUGAAUCGCGAAAAGGGUACGAUCAAAGAUUGAUCCGCCUCCAGGACACCAAAGUUAGUCUAUUGUUGUGGGUACCGGAGUUCCUGUUGACGCGAAGGCCUAACAAAUGCAUGGUUGCUGCUGAGAAGUGGCUUGAAAAGGUUCGAAUGCUCUCCCACUAUGGGGAGAGUACGCCUGAUGCGAACGCGGAAGACUUGCAGAGCGACACACUGCUCACUCCAAUUGGACGGGUUCACCAUGAUAGGGAAGACGGGCCUUGGAAGUUUCAUGCCUCUCUGGGUUGCGACUUUGUAAAAUCACAAGGAUAUUUAGUUCAUGAUGCCUGCUUGCAAGUUCUGAAAAGUGUCCACGAGGCCGUGGUGGGGAAGGCCAGGCCAUUGGAUAUGAAAUACGACUGGGAUUUUGGCAAUGCAUUCGACGGUCCAUCUCGCCCGCAUCACCGAUUGGACAAACAGUACUGGAAUUCUGUCAAGAAUACAGAGUGGACGGUAGUGAAUCCUCAACGAAAAUUUGACAUACGGCGAUUGGUCAUUGCCGCAUUGGAGACCUCAAAAGAAGGCCUGUCAUUCAAUAUCAAGUGCGACAAGGGAGUGAGCUCAGGUCUCAACGCAAGGGUCUACUCUGAUGCCCUUUCGGCAAUUCCAACCGAAGUACGCUUGCUUAUCCUGGAGGUGCUUCUCACUAAAUCAGUGCUCAAUGUGCUCCUGGCAAGUUCGGCAUUCAGAGAGCUCUCGAUGAACUUGCCUCAAAGUUUUUGGCGAUCUCGCAUGCUUUCUGAUGUCCCUUGGUGUGGAGGUGAAGCCUUAGCAGAAAUCUUGCGACAGGAAAUCAAUGCCUAUCCCUUCGAUAAACUUCUCCGUCUAAUCCGAGAAACCUCGGCGCCAGGCGGUGGGAAGCCUGACGAUGAUGACAGCCUCGUCGACUUUGUGAAAGACUCGAUGACGCUUAGGAACAAACGCCGGAUAUGGAUCAACAGUGAACAGAUCAUUCGUGAUAUUGAGGCCCGACAUACAGCAGUUCGACCAGUGAACGGCAUCGUCUCUACUCAAAUUCGCAAGUUAAGUUCUCGCUGCACAGUCUUCGUCACAAGAGACUUAGGCGAGGUGCCCCGAGCUGCGUCGACCGUCUACUUCGUUCGAGAUCUUCUCAACAGGAGCCACCUGAAUAAGAUCAUCGCCUACUUCGGAGCUGAUAGUCGGCUCGUCGGUGUCGAAUUUCAGCUUCUGGACGAGAUUUCCGCACAAUUGUUUGGAAAUCGAAGUGAAACAACAAGCCAGAUUACUUUGGACUCGCCAACGGUGAUCCUUGUGCAGAUUUUGCGAGUCGAUCCUGGACAAGAGGUCGUUGGUAUCGCGGGAGAGUUUAGCGAUCAAACCAUCACCACAUUUUCAAUAAUCAUAGCAGAUCAAUACCUUCGCCCUAUCCAUUCCCAUGGACCGCUAAGUAUCAAUUCUUCGCAACACACCCAGUGGAUUGGACGCCAUCCACCGCUCGACUGGCCACGGGGAAAGUACCAUCUUGAGCAUCGCCGGAACGGAGCUCACAAUAAUUUCCCGCCUCUCCGUAACCCUUUCCCUCGUGUUUUGGAGUCUCCGGCGUACUUCGUGAAUCUCUUCGGUCGGCAGCUCUUCCAAAUGCAGGCCCACGGCGAUUUCGCGAAUAUUGAAGCAUAUGGGCGAACCAUAAAGGGCCUUGUUUUCAAUUUCAUUGAUGGCUCAACAGAACGCGUCGGUGAAAAGUCUGGUUCCCAAGAGCUCGCCACGUCCGCAACUCAUACUACUCAGUUUGAAGUCGGCCAGCGCGAGGAGAUUGUUGAUAUGGUCCUCUUUGCUGCCUAUCAGGCGCCCCUGUAUGGUUUUAGAGGCAAGCUGUGUGGAAUAGAGGUGUUGCGGGAAUAA